UUGAUGAUUUUUGGGAUCUUCCUGUGCCUGGAUGCUUUUCUUUAUGUGUUCACGCUCCUUCCAUUACGAGUUUUUUUGGCAGUGUUCAGAUUCAUCACAUUGCCUUGCUAUGGCUUACGACUGAAGGGAAGAGCACUUUCAGUUCCUUUAUAGGAUGGAAUGUGAUGUCACAUGGGACUUCUCCAUGCUUUCAGCAAGGCCUAAGAAUGAGCGACCGGCGAUUGCUGCAGCCUGCUCAGGUGUGUGACAUUUUUAAAGGCGUCAUUUUGGUGAUCUGCUAUUUUAUGAUGCAUUACGUUGACUAUUCCAUGAUGUACCACCUGAUACGGGGACAGUCUGUCAUCAAACUCUACAUCAUUUAUAAUAUGCUUGAGGUAGCUGAUCGUCUUUUUUCCUCUUUUGGGCAAGACAUCUUGGAUGCUCUUUAUUGGACAGCUACAGAACCGAAGGAGAGGAAACGAGCACACAUAGGCGUGAUCCCCCACUUCUUCAUGGCUGUGCUGUAUGUCUUCUUGCAUGCUAUUCUUAUAAUGGUCCAAGCAACUACGCUCAAUGUAGCUUUUAACUCCCACAAUAAGUCACUUCUGACUAUCAUGAUGUCUAACAAUUUUGUCGAAAUAAAAGGAAGUGUUUUCAAGAAGUUUGAAAAGAACAAUCUGUUUCAGAUGUCAAACAGUGAUAUCAAGGAGCGAUUCACCAACUAUGUGCUGUUGCUGAUAGUUUGUCUAAGAAACAUGGAGCAGUUUUCGUGGAAUCCAGACCAUCUUUGGGUAUUGUUUCCAGAUGUUUGUAUGGUGAUUGCUUCGGAAAUUGCAGUGGAUAUUGUGAAACAUGCCUUUAUAACAAAAUUCAAUGACAUUACAGCUGAUGUCUACAGCGAAUACAGAGCCAGCCUUGCGUUUGAUCUCGUUAGCAGUCGGCAAAAAAAUGCAUACACAGAUUACAGUGAUUCUGUUUCCAGGAGAAUGGGCUUUAUUCCUCUCCCACUGGCUGUUUUACUCAUCCGGGUGGUUACCAGUUCAGUAAAAGUGCAAGGUGUCUUGGCUUGUGCUUGUGUGGUCCUCUUCUAUUGUGGGUUAAUCUCGCUCAAAGUCCUUAACAGCAUUGUGUUGUUGGGAAAGUCAUGCCAAUACGUCAAAGAAGCAAACAUGGAGGAGAAGCUGUUCAACCCCCCUCCGGCCAGCACCCCUGGCAAACCUCUUGGUAAACAGCACAGCAAACACAAGACCCCUCAAGAUGAAAACUUGUCUGCGUCAGUGAGCAGCCAGCCAGUGCACCAGAAGGAGAACACAGCACCACUGCUUGUGACGAGCAACUCUGAUCAAUUCCUGACGACUCCUGACGGGGAUGAAAAAGAUAUUACCCUGGACAAUUCAGAGCUAAAACACAGAUCUGCAAAGAAAGAUUUGCUGGAGAUAGACAGGUUCACAAUUUGCGGAAACAGAAUUGACUGAACUUUUGUAAAUAGACGUGCUGAGGAUACUGAGCUGUUGGCACAGCAAAUGCUUGCGGGACGGAGGGACGCUUGCCAAACAGGCACUUAAAAUAUUUAUUUUAAAAUUAAAUUAUUAACGACAACCCUAUUAUGAUGAACAACUUGGCUUGAGGACUGGUCAGGUUUCAGCUCUUGGAGUGUUUGGGAAAUGCGAUGAGUUUGGAGAGGUCUUCAGCUUGGCAGAGCUACAACCUUGCUUCCUUGGAAAUAACGUGAAGAGAAAAAAUUAAAUUCAUUUAUGCUCUCUGGACUGUACUCCAGAAUGUAUCACUUUUUUGCCAAGAUCCCUUCACCGGAAGGUUAACUUUGGACAUCUGUUUGCUUCUUCAAUUAGGAGCAUCUCUUUCUACUGGCUUUCAUAACCAGCUUCAAAUUCUUCACCUGCCAUAAGCCUUUUUUUUAGACCUUCAUUAGAAGAACCGAUCAAGAUAUUGCCACCAGAAGAUCUCAAUGUAUUUCAGAUAAUCCAAAUAAAUUAUCCUCAAAUGAAAGAUUUAAUGCAUAAUAUUUUUGUCUAAAUAUUAAGCCAGCUACUGGAAAAAAAAUCAGAAAAAUGGAGUUGUAGAUAUGCCCAUUAAUUAGGCAAGUAGAGCUUUUUUUUCCUUCAAUUUGCACUGUUAUUUUAAAAGCAAGAAACUAAAUGACUUUAUGAAAUGUGAACAUAUCUACGCUUGAGGGUGGGAGGGGGGCACAAUGAAGAUGCAGGAUUCCAGUUGGCACAUAAACGUUUUAUUUGCAGCUGUGAGCCCUUGUGUUGAAGAAGAAACCAUGUCUGUGUUUUGUGUAUCAAGAUCAGCUUAAAACGAGUGUUUCUUUCUCUUGGCUUGGGCAACUGCACAUGACUGAAAACGGGAAACCUGAAAUGGAGGGGGGAUAGGGGUGGGUUUUUAAAGUAGAAUGAAUGUAGCUUUAUUAUGAAGUGUUUGGGCUUUGAAGUAUACGGCAGUUUUUACUUUGGGGUAUCAGAAUCACUGGAGGAAUGGCAAAGAGGUGCUCUAGAAGAGCGGAAAAGGAAUAUUUGGUAUUUUAGCUGGGUGUGAGACAGGGUGCUAUAUUCUUGGGCACUUUGACAUAUGUGUAACCAUGACAUUUUAAAUGCUGAAUGAUUUGCAGAUCUUUGUCAGUUGAGUAGCAAUCACAGAGUGGCCAAGUAAAAAAGGAAAAAUAUUGAAGUUUUAAAAUUCCAGAUUCGUGUUUAUUCCUCAAAAGUCACCGAUUACUGUUACCAAGAUGAACGUACAGAAAUAACGUCCUGAUGGAGCGGUCUUUGAAAAUAAAAGUUAGGCUGUUGCUCUCUGAUCUGAGAGGUGUGUGUUUUCCCCCUUGUUACCUGCAUCUUUCUCCCUUCCGUUGGAGAAGUGGCCAAAGUCGGAAAUACUAGGGGCGUGAGAGCUUCAAAUAUAGGCAGGGAAACCUUUAUUUUGGAUGUAUUUUAUUUUGAUAAAUUUGACUCAUUAAAAUUUAAUUCAAAGUAUUUGUGAAUAUGAUGUAGUUUAAUUUUUGUUUAACUAUUGCUCAAAGACAACUUGGAAUGAUUUUUUCCCCCUGUUAAAUGAUAUUCUGUACCAAUUUUAUAAGUGCAUCUUGUGUGACACAAUAAAAAUUCGAUUUUGUAACCUUUGUUUAAAAAGCAGAA